AACUUGGAAAAAAAAAUGAAAAGAAAAGAAAAGACAGUUACUUAUUAUCUCUUAGCAUAUUACGCUAUGAUCUUAUGAUACAAGUAUAUAAUGAAGUACUUUUGGCUUAUUUUAAAGGGUUUUUUCUCUUUCUUUCUGGCUUUCUUGUGAGGGUGAAAGGCGUUGUAACUAAAGAUGCCAAGUUCUUGAAAAGCAAGCAAGAUUCUUCAUGGAAAUUGACUAUAUAAUAUGCCACGAUGAUGUGCUCCUCACCUCACACACAGAAUAUUCUUGCUAAAGAUGGUUAAAAAUAGAGAUGCACAUUGUUUACACAAUUAAGUUUUAAAGGCCUCAAUCCCUGUACUCCCCUCCCAUCAAAAUCAUCAAUGGAAGCCAUGAAUGGUUCGCUUCCUUUUCCCAUGUAUGAGAAUCUCAACCAAGAUUCUGCCAUUCGACAAUUUUGCGCGGCCCGUGUGCAGCAAGAACAAGGAGGAGAAUGGGGAGAAAUUUUACUAGAGAUGGAUCUUUGCCCACAUUUUGAUUGCACUCCUCCACUGGCCACCUCUGAGGUGGAGGAAAUCGUCGACAGCUUCUUUAACGUGGAAUGCUAUGAAAAAGACAACGCAAACAAGUCAUCAGACGACGAAAAUGGACUAUUAAAUCAGUAUCCAGAAGAGGGGCUCCAAGAUUUUUCAGAGAUUGAUGGUUUCUACUAUGAUGGAGACGUUCCAAUGAUGAUGACUAAAGAGGGUGAAUUGGAAGAGUGUGGCUCGUGCAAUGAUCUUGGCUUUUGUACAGUCAUGGAGCCGAGUAUAAAGGACGUAGUUGAUCAAGGCCUUCAUUUGGUGCAAUUGUUGUUAGCUUGUGCUGAGGCUGUGGGUUGCAGGGACACACAACUUGCUGAUACAAUUUUAAGCCAGAUCUGGUCUUGUGUGAGCCCUUGGGGAGAUUCUUUGCAGAGAGUUUCAUAUUGUUUUGCAAUGGGAUUAAAGAAUAGAUUAUGCCUUCUUCAAAAUGUGAAUUCUGACGGUUCAUUCUCUAAUGGUGCCAGUGAUGUCUCUUUGAUAACAAGGGAGGAAAAGAAUGAAGCCUUAGAUCUGUUACACCAGACAACUCCGUAUAUUGCUUUUGGUUUCAUGGCUGCAAAUGAUGCUAUAUCUCAAGCAGCAACGAGGAAAGACUCUCUGCACAUAAUUGAUCUUGGAAUGGAACACAAUCUUCAGUGGCCUUCUUUAGUAAGAACUUUGGGAUCACGAGCCGAAGGCCCCCCAAAACUAGUUCGGAUCACGGGCAUAAUUGGAGUCCAAGAUCCACUGGAGCUUGAGGCUAGCCUGAAGGGCCUCGUUGAAGAUGCCAGUUCUUUGGGCAUUCAUUUGGAAUUCAAACUGGUAGCAGAGCCAGUAUCGACUUCAGUAUUGACAGAUGAAAAGCUCGAGUUAAGAGAAGGAGAAGCAUUGUUUGUAAAUAGUUUCCUGCAUUUGCACAAGCAUGUGAAGGAAAGCAGAGGAUCCUUAAAGACCAUUCUUCAAACAAUUAAGAAACUAAAUCCAGUUCUUCUAACCAUGGUUGAACAAGAUGCCAACCACAAUGGUCCAUUCUUUCUUGGGAGAUUCCUUGAAUCUCUUCAUUAUUAUUCCGCCAUUUUUGAUUCCCUCGAAGCCAGUAUCCCGCGAACUAGCCCAGAGAGGCUAAAGAUCGAAAAAUUUCAUUUCGCAGAGCAAAUUUGCAACGUCAUAGCAUUUGAGGGUUCUAACAGGAUUGAGAGACACGAAAGGGCAGAUCAAUGGCGUAGGCAGCUAGCUCGUGCGGGUUUUCAAGUAGUAGGAAUGAAGUGUAUGAACCAAGCUAGGUUGAUGAUUUCUGUCUACGGCUGUGAUGGUUACACUGUAUCCAGUGAAAAGGGUUGCCUUCUACUUGGAUGGAAAGGAAGGCCAAUAAUGUUGGCAUCAGCAUGGCUAUUGCACAAUGCUGCUUCCUCCUAGGUUUGCUUGGAUAAGCUGUUUUUUUUCUAAUCACAAUUGAUCAUUCAUUAAACAAGACAACAUUUGAUUAUCAUCUUGUAACAAUAAAGUGAAUCAGAUUUCGAGACCCCAUUUGGAUACAAAUUUAUAAAUGGUUUAUUAAGUCAAAUUUUAAUUUUAACAACUCAUUCAUAACUA